UUUAUACAAACACUAUUUUAUGGCUAUUUUUAUGACAUACUUAUGUUUUAACUCUAGUGUGAUCAGUGGCUUUAUGGUUGAGGAAAUUGUGCCAUGGUGCAUCUGGGUGUCACCACGCUCAUUGCGCAACAUUUUUUACGCAGCGCGGAAGGCUUGCUGCGCCGCGUCCUGCUCGGUGCAACGCGCGGAUGAUACCAAAGAUCGGCGAAACGGGAAGAACAUGACAGAAACGAUGCCUCUGUUUGCUUCAUUAUAAUCGCGAACAUGGGCGACAGAAGCGAGAGGAGCUCGGCGAGGCGCAAGCGGAGAACCACGAUCUCCGGAGACGCGGCGGGAGCCCACGCGAAGCGCGGCGGCGCGGGAGAGACGCUCAGCGGGCAGCUGAAGGAGAAAGAGCAGAGGCACGAAACACCAGCGAAUAAACACAAGAAUCACAACGAUGCUGGCCAUGACUCCUUCAGCUGCCACAAGCUGCAGGAGUCGCUGCUCAGCUCCAACAGCGGCUACAGCAACUACAGAGGAAUCCUCAACUGGUGUGUGGUCAUGCUGGUUCUGUCCAAUGCACGGUUGGUCCUGGAGAACCUUAUAAAAUAUGGCAUUCUGGUGGACCCCAUCCAGAUCAUCUCUCUCUUCCUGAAGGACCCGUACAGCUGGCCGGCUCCGUGCCUGAUCAUUGUUUCCAACGUCUUUAUAAUGGCAGCUUUGUACAUAGAGAGAAAGCUAUCUGUGGGCACCGUCUCAGAGUGCACCGGAACAUUCCUUCACUGCAUCAAUCUUGCAGCUCUUUUAUUUGUCCCAGCCGGUACAGUCCUCAGUGUGUCCUCGAUGACCCCAGUGGGUGGUGUUGUGGCGUUGGGUGUCUUCACUGUUCUCUUCCUCAAGCUCUAUUCAUACAGAGAUGUCAACAAAUGGUGCAGAGAGAUCAGACGCGCCAAAGCCCGAACCCUGUCUCGCUCUCACUCCUGCCCAUCUGUGCACAAAGCCAACGGCACGACUGGAUACACACACGUGAGCUAUCCAGGAAACCUCACACACAGAGACAUUUAUUAUUUUAUUUUUGUUCCAACUCUGUGUUACGAGCUGAACUUCCCGCGGUCUCCCCGGAUCCGGAAGCGUUUCUUACUGCGUCGACUGCUUGAGAUGCUGUUUUUAAUGCAGUUAAUGAUUGGACUAAUACAGCAGUGGAUGGUUCCGACGAUUCAGAACUCAAUGAAACCUUUUCAGGACAUGGAUUUGUCCAGAAUAGUUGAACGUCUGCUGAAACUUGCGGUGCCCAAUCAUUUUAUCUGGCUCAUCUUUUUCUAUUGGUAUUUCCACUCCUCUAUGAACUUCGUAGCGGAGCUCCUGCAGUUUGGAGACCGCGAGUUUUACCGCGACUGGUGGAACUCUGAAACAAUUCCGUAUUUUUGGUCAAACUGGAACAUUCCUGUUCACAAGUGGUGCCUAAGACACUUUUAUAAGCCCAUGUUGGUGAAAGGAGUAAAUAAGUUAGCAGCUCAGUUAGCCGUGUUCUUCAUGUCUGCGUUUUUCCAUGAGUAUUUAGUGAGUGUUCCUCUAAAGAUGUUUCGCCUCUGGGCGUUUCUGGGAAUGAUGGCACAGAUCCCGCUCGCCUAUUUUGUGGGCCGAUUCUUGAGGGGAAACUAUGGCAAUGCUGCUGUCUGGAUGUCGCUGAUCAUCGGCCAGCCGAUCGCUGUGCUCAUGUACUUUCAUGACUAUUACGUGCUGCAUUAUGGCAAUACGGCAGAGGGCGUCACGGCAUGACGCAAGCACUUCUGCAUUAAAGAAGUUGAAUGUAAAACAAUGCAUAUAUUUUUAGAAGGGAAAUUUUUCGAUUUUUAACAGACUUCAUCCCAAAUCGAAUGUGAUCAUUAUUCCGAAUGACUUGAGCAGGUGUGUUUUAUAAUGUGCAAUCUAAUGUUAACACUGCCGAGCCAAAGCAGCACAUCAUUGCAAUGCCUUCUCAGUAAUAUUUCAUACUUGACAUUUUCAUACUAAGAUGAUCAAUCAAAGAGGCGCAAAAUCAAAAGUGCAUUUGUAUUUUUCCAAAUGCAUUUCAGAACUCAUGUCUCCAAUAUUAAUGUCAUGUUUUUUUAUUCUCUGUGCUGUUGCUUUGGUAGUGCGAUUGACUGAAUCUGUGAGUUUUUGCACUUUAUUCAGAAAUGCAUGAUGUUUGUCAACCUUUUAAAGGUUCAUUUAAAGAAUGUAAAUGCUCUUAUGUUGAUUUCAAAACUUGUUGAUUUUAUGAGACGUGUUAAGUCAGUGCAUUAUAUCAGCAUUGUACAUGAAUCUGUGAAAUUUUUCAAGCCAAAAUUAUAUUAUGUGCCAUUUAAUUUGCCUGUAGUGUUAUUUAAAUGGGUUUUAAUGGGAUUCAAGUACCAAGGUGGCCUAAAAAGAUGCUAGAUGUUCUAGAGCAUGUAAAUUUUCUCAACUCAAAUUUGAAAACUAUUUUGAGGAGUUUUUGUCUACUGAUUUUUUUAUUUCGGAAAGACAUUUCUCAAGACUUUGUAUGUAUCGCUCUCGGCCGCAUUUUUGUUCCUGUCAAAUCCAUCCUGGGCUGGUUGUGUAAACUACUUAGACUGGUACAAAAAAGUUAGAUUGGCCUAAUCUUAGUCAGAAAAGUAAGACUGAUUUAAGACUGUCUAAGUUGGUCAAAGUAUUUCUUAAGACAGUCUUAUCAUAGUGGCUAUGUUUGUGUAACUGGCCCUUGCUUUAAAUAUCUUGAGCAUUUAAAGCAGCGGACAAUAAAACUGCAGCGUGCUUAUAAUAAA